UUUUGGUACUUUGCGAGCUUUUUGUUUGUUGUUGACGUUGUCAUCGAGGUAAAUCAUCUCAACACCGCCGAUGUUGUCUGUUUUUUUCAACAACAACACCAAAAACGAAUUAAUUUUUAAAAUCCCAAUCAAUCAAUUCGAAAUUGUGGGUGUUUUUAUUUGUUGAAUUUCUUUCCCAACUUUCACUCUUGGAUAGGUCAAAGUUUAAAAUCAUUUAUCGAUUUCAUUUCGUUUUUUUUUCUUGCGUUUGAUGGUUACCAUGUUACCAUGAUGAUUAUUAAAUAAACAUCGUCAUACAAAACAAUUUGCAAAUGAUUCGAUGAUAAUGAUUUUAACAUUUGUGAUUGAUAAGCCAAUGAUAUAUUAAUAUUUUUGCCUUUUUUUUAAUAAUAAUCAUAUUUUUUUUCUUUUGGCUUUAUAAAUUCUGUUGGUAAAAAUAAAAUAAACUCAUUGGAAUAUUGUUGAUUUGUUUGUUUUUGUGUGUGUUGCUGUUUGGCCAUUCAGAUCAACAGAUGGAAAAAAGAUAGAUAAACGAAUCGCCAUUCAAAAGUAAUUGAUUUCGUUUUGGUUUGAUUAUUUUUGAACAUUUUUUAUUAACAAGUUGAUAAAUCAACAAGUCAAUCAACUUUUUUUUGUUUUCAAAUUCAACCGGCAUCGUUGUUACAUUAUUGACAACAAAAACAACAACGAAAAUUUUUCAAUUUUUUUGUUUGUUUCAUUUAUUGUGUUUUAAAACAAACUGAAAAAAAUGAAUGCAUUCCAGACUAUUGUCGGAACAUUGAAACCUGAACAACAACAACAACAACAAAAUCAACAAGAACAAAAUAAUGAUAAUCAACCAUGGCUUAUAGUUAGUGUUGCACGUGCUAUUGGAUCAAUUGCCGGUGUUGUAAGCAUAAUUUGUGGAUCAUUUUUAUUAUUGGAUAUAUUUAAUGUAAAAUGUAUAUUUAGUGGUGCAUUAUUGAUCAUCGAAGGCUUUCUCAUGAUAUUGACCGAAGCACCAUGUUGUUGUAUAUUUUUUGAAUUUGCCUAUAUGCCAUCGACAUUGAUGAAUAAACGUCCACCAUGGAUCAAGGCUACCAUUUAUUUAUUCUUCGCAGCUGUACCAUUUUUCUGGUGUACAGGUGUUAGUACGUUUCUUGCAUCCGGUCUUAUAAUGGCAACCAGUGGAUUAUAUCUUCUAAUGUCUUUAGGUAAAAAAGCUAAUCGUGAAGAAAUGAUUGCCAAAUCAGCGCAACUACAACAACAACAGGCUGGAUCAUCAAAUGGUAGAUCAAUAUCAACGGCACCAACAUCAGUUUUGGUACAAAAUGAAGAAGUACCAAUACCAACUGGAAAUAAUAAUCGUGUUCUUUACUAAAAAAAAGAAAUUUUGGCUAAAAAACAAAAUAUCGAAUAUAAGAAUCAAGAAUCAUCAUCAUUAUUUUUUCACCGAAUCAUAUCAUCGCCAAUAAAACAA